CAAGCCGUUGCUCGAAUUGCGAUUCUUCUCCAUCAAUGGGGGCGGCGCAUAAGAUUUGGAACGCGACGGAAGUGGCGGAGACGCACAGCUCCGAGAUUCCGUCGUCUUCUCUCACCAUCGACCACUCCCUCUCUCUGCCUGCAAUGAAGCCCCGCAUCGUGGAGCUUUUCAAAGAUUUAUUCAAACAAUGGUCAAAGUUGGAUGAGUCAGAUUUCUCCCUUGAGACAGUGUCUGGUGGCAUCACAAAUCUGUUACUCAAGGUUUCUGUGAGAGAAAAAGAUGGAAGUGCUGUCAGUACGACAGUUAGAUUAUAUGGUCCAAAUACUGAAUAUGUGAUUGAUCGUCAAAGGGAACUGCAGGCUAUCCCACACCUCUCAGCAGCGGGAUUUGGUGCCAAGUUGCUGGGUGUUUUUGGGAAUGGAAUGGUGCAAUCAUUUAUUGAUGCUCGUACACUUACUCCAUCAGACAUGCGACAACCAAAGCUGGUAGCAGAAAUCGCUAAACAGCUGCGAAGAUUCCAUGAGGUGGAAAUUCCUGGUUCUAGAGAACCCCAACUGUGGAAUGACAUCUCCAAGUUCUUCACAAGAGCACUGACCCUCGAGUUUGAUGAUAGCGAGAAGCAAAAGAAGUAUAAGAUGAUUUCAUUCGAUGAAAUUAAUCAAGAAAUCAAUGACCUCAAGGCAAUGGCAGAUCGUUUCAAUGCUCCUGUUCUAUUUUGUCAUAAUGAUCUGCUUUCUGGGAAUUUAAUGCUUAAUGAAGAUGAAGGUAAGCUCUACUUCAUCGACUUCGAGUAUGGGUCAUACAAUUACAGAGGCUUCGACCUUGGAAAUCACUUCAACGAAUAUGCUGGCUACGACUGUGACUACAACUUAUACCCAAGUCAAGAUGAACAAUUCAACUUCUUCAGGCACUAUCUAAAACCUGAUAGCCCGCAUGAGAUCUCCAACGAGGCGCUUGAUGGUCUUUACGCGGAAACAAGUAUCUACAUGCUAGCUUCACACCUGUAUUGGGCACUGUGGGCUUUAAUCCAGGCAAAAAUGUCUCCUAUCGAUUUUGAUUAUCUGAGUUACUUCUUCCUGCGCUACAACGAAUACAAGAAGCAGAAGGACAAGUGCUUUUCGCUGGCACAGUCAUAUUUUCAAAGUCGUUAAAUCUACCGUGCAGCAUGCACGGAUGUCGUUGUAAAAUAUUCUGCUUUUAGUUGCACAUUCUGUUGUACUUUGAUUUUUUUUAGCAGAUUCUGUUGAACAUUGAUGAAUAAAGUUUGUAGCUUUACCACCUUGUUUGGAGAAACGACGCACGGAGUUAUUUAGUUGGUCCUCAAAUUAGUAGUUUCUUCAA